UCUGCUGUCAGGUCCUGCACCGGGCUGAUAGGGAGACGCAGAGCGCACAGGGCCACCGCAAGGUGAGAGAGAGACGGCCACGGGAGGAAGGAAACGAAAAGUCCGGGACUGAUGAUGCCGUCCUCCACCAUGCAGAUGUUUGCCUUCAUUCUGGCAUUACUGGGGGUCCUGAGUGCCACGGUGGCCACUCUGCUACCCAACUGGAAGGUGAGUGCAGACGUAGGCUCCAAUAUUAUGACGGCGAUCUCGCAAAUGCAGGGACUGUGGAUGGACUGCACCUGGUACAGCACCGGAGUCUUUAGCUGCUCGCUCAAGUACUCCGUCCUGGCGUUGCCUGCUUACCUUCAGACGGCACGCACCACUAUGGUGCUUUCCUGCAUGAUGGCGACAAUGGGACUGUGUCUGGCCGCCCUAGGACUGAAAUGCACUCGCUGGGGUGGCAGUUAUCGCUCUAAGGGACACACAGCCAUUUCCGCAGGGGCAUGCUUCGUCAUAGCUGGGGUCCUCUGCCUGGUGCCCGCAUCCUGGUUUACUAAAGAGGUCAUCACUACUUUUAUGGACUCCAAAGUGCCCAAAAGCAGCAAGUAUGAGCCAGGUGCUGCGGUGUACGUAGCAUUUGUGUCUGCAGGAUUCCUUUUAGCUGCAGGCGUCAUCUUCUGUUUAUCAUGCCCUGGAAAAAGAGGUGGUCCACUGGAUUCAGGCUCAUCCCACCCUGGUAAGCCAAAACAGCAGCAGCUGCGCCAGGAGCAGCCGACCUGCAACCAACAAAAAGAGCAGCACCGAGAACAGCAGAGUCAGACUGAGCCACCAGAGCAAGAGCAAGUGCACCAGGAACCGGUUCAAGCAGAUGAUCGUAAGCAAGAUAAGCCUGUGCCGGAGAGGCUGAACCUGGAGCAGGACAAGCAGUACUGCUCUCCAUCCCGAACCCGAAAUCCAGACAUCAAGGCUGUCUAUAGUCUGCACGACUAUGUGUAAACAACUGCAGUUGGCUCCAAAAGUGUUUCAGGGCAUUCUUGCUGAUCAGACUGCCUUUCUUUGUGAGUGGCAAAAAGAGGAGGAGAAAAGCGGUGGAGCAGCAAGAGAAAUAAUGACUUUGAUGGCAUUAUCAACCCUUCUCAUCUGUUCUUU